AUGAACUAUUCCGGAUAUAUCGCCGAUCCUCAUCGCCAGUGUGCAAUCGUCGCCCACCGUGGCUUAUGGACUGAAGCUCCUGAGAACAGCUUGCUUUCCAUCCGACGCGCCAUAGAAGCUGGCUACAAUAUUGUUGAGAUAGACGUACGCCGUACCUCUGAUGGCGAAUUCGUACUACUCCAUGAUAUAACCCUGGAUCGAAUGACUGGAGUCGACAGGACGCCAGAAGAGUUGACUUUGGAAGAACUGAUAUCGCUUCCACUCAGGAACCGCGAUGGAGGCCCUCACAAUCCAUUCACCGAGGAAAAGGUGCCAAGCUUACGCGAUGUCUUUGAACUCACACGCAAUAAGAUUUACAUCCACCUCGACAUCAAGCAUCGUCAAGUCAUCCCAGAAGUGCUGGCGUAUGCACAGAAGAUGGGCGUCGAAAAACAGGUUGAUUUCUGGGCUGAUUUAAAGACGGAGGAUGAUCUAGCCUGGAUCAAAGCCAAUAUCACCAUACAUGGCGUUGUAUUCAUCGCACGCACUCAUCUCGAGCAUGAUGACUGGCGAGAACAGGCCAAGCUUGCUCUCGAACUGAAGCCAUUAAUCUGCGAAGCCUCAUUUCGGGACAUCUCACAGGUCGAUGCAAUAAAAGAGCACUUCCAUGACGCCGGAAUCACCCUCUGGGUCAAUACUCUGGAUAGUGUCGCCUCUCCAGGUUUCACUGACAGCGCUGCAUUGGAGGACCCUGACGCGGUCUGGGGCCGGCUGUUCCGAGCUGGUUUCUCCGCGAUCCAGACUGAUGAGAUGGCGGCAUUGCGGUCCUUUUUGGACACCCUGAAUUGA